AUGGAGGAAUCAUACAAAGACAGGACUUCAUUAGUGAAAGGGGCAAAAGAUAUUGCCAAAGAGGUAAAGAGGCAAGCAGUGAAAAAAGUCAAUAAAGCUGUUGACAAAGCUCAGGAUGGCUACACACAGAGGUCCUACAGUCGAUUCCAGGAUGAGGAAGAUGAUGAUGAUUACUAUGUCCAAGGAGGGAAUUAUGGUGUGGAAGCUAAUGAUGAUGAAGGAUCAAGUGAAGCAACUGAAGGGCAUGAUGAAGAUGAUGAAAUUUAUGAAGGGGAGUAUCAGGGAAUCCCCAGCAUGGGGCAGGGCAAAGAUGGCAUGGUGGCCUUAGGGCAGCCUGUGCGUGAUGAAUAUAAAGAUCGUCAUGAACUGGAAACAGAAAGGAAAGCUGAUGAAGAAGAACUAGCACAGCAGUACGAACUGAUAAUACAAGAAUGUGGCCAUGGUCGAUUCCAAUGGGCCCUCUUCUUUGUUUUGGGAAUGGCUCUAAUGGCUGAUGGGGUGGAAGUUUUUGUGGUUGGAUUUGUGUUGCCCAGUGCUGAGACAGAUAUGUGUAUACCCAAUUCUGGAUCAGGAUGGCUUGGUAGCAUAGUGUACCUUGGGAUGAUGGUGGGGGCAUUCUUCUGGGGAGGCUUGGCAGACAAGGUGGGAAGGAGACAGUCACUCCUGAUAUGCAUGUCUGUCAAUGGAUUCUUUGCCUUCCUUUCAUCAUUUGUCCAGGGGUAUGGCUUCUUCCUCUUCUGUCGUUUGUUUUCUGGAUUUGGGAUUGGCGGAGUGAUGCCAACAGUCUUCUCCUAUUUUUCGGAAGUGCUUGCUCGGGAGAAACGAGGCGAACACCUGAGUUGGCUCUGUAUGUUUUGGAUGAUUGGUGGUAUCUAUGCUUCUGCAAUGGCUUGGGCAAUCAUUCCUCAUUAUGGAUGGAGUUUCAGCAUGGGAUCUGCUUAUCAGUUUCACAGCUGGCGAGUAUUUGUGAUCGUCUGUGCAUUGCCCUGUGUCUCUUCGGUGGUAGCCCUCACCUUUAUGCCAGAAAGUCCACGGUUCUUGUUGGAGAUUGGAAAACAUGAUGAGGCUUGGAUGAUUCUCAAGCAGAUACAUGACACAAACAUGCGAGCUCGUGGUCAGCCUGAGAAAGUCUUCACAGUUAACAGAAUUAAAACUCCAAAGCAGAUAGAUGAGCUCAUAGAAAUAGAGAGUGAUACAGGAACUUGGUACAGGAGGUGUUUUGUUAGAAUUCGCACAGAGCUAUAUGGUAUCUGGUUGACUUUCAUGAGAUGCUUCAACUACCCAGUAAAGGAUAAUACGAUCAAGCUCACAAUUGUAUGGUUCACCCUCUCUUUUGGCUACUAUGGCUUAUCUGUCUGGUUUCCCGAUGUCAUUAAACACCUUCAGUCAGAUGAAUACGCGGCCCGAGUGAAACUCUUCCGGAACGAGGAAGUUUCAAAUUUCGUCUUCAACUUUACGCUGGAAAAUCAAAUUCACAGCAGCGGAGAAUACAUCAAUGACAGGUUUGUCAUGAUGAAGUUUAAAUCAGUAACCUUUGAAGAUUCACUUUUUAAGAACUGUGUGUUUGAAGACAUAACUUCUCUGAAUACGUACUUCAGGAACUGCACUUUUGUGAAUACCACCUUCUACAACACAGAUCUGGAGCAAUAUAAAUUUGUUGACAGUGAUUUUAUAAAUUGCACAUUUUUUCACAUCAGGACAGGAUGCCAGAUUUCCUUUGAUGAUGACUACAGUGCCUACUGGAUUUAUUUUGUUAAUUUUCUGGGAACGUUGGCAGUGUUACCAGGGAACAUUGUGUCUGCUCUUCUGAUGGAUAGAAUUGGACGUUUAACAAUGCUAGGUGGUUCCAUGGUUCUCUCUGGCAUAAGCUGUUUUUUCCUGUGGUUUGGGACCAGUGAAUCCAUGAUGAUAGGUAUGCUGUGCCUCUACAAUGGCCUCACCAUCUCAGCCUGGAACUCUCUUGAUGUCAUUACUGUGGAGCUGUAUCCUACAGACAGAAGGGCAACUGGCUUUGGCUUCUUGAAUGCACUAUGCAAAGCAGCAGCCGUCCUUGGAAACUUGAUAUUUGGUUCUCUUGUUGGUAUCACCAAAGCAAUCCCUAUUCUCCUUGCUUCUACUGUUCUAGUGUGCGGAGGUCUGGUAGGACUUCGACUUCCCGACACGAGAACCCAGGUGUUGAUGUAACAGGAAAAAGCCAUUUAGUGUUUCUUUCUUUCUUUGUACAAAUGUCAGCUCUCCUGUUUGGUGGUGCAGAGGCUUCAGAUUAUUAAUGCUUGGUUGAGUGUCUGGAUGGCAGAAACCAAACACAGGUGUGUGGAGUGGCAGAAAUCUAAAAACAACUCUGAAAAUUUUAGAUUUCUCUUCCAUUUGCUUUCAUUCUUUGCUAUUUAAAGCCAUUUCACUUAACUUCAAACAGCAAGGCUACCUCCAAAAAGGCUUUCAAUGACAUGUCCAGGAAGAUAAAAACCAUAGUUAAAAUGCAAGCAGUAUAUUUCUUAAAAACACAAGCUAAAUUUGGCCAUGGCUUUAUGAGCUCUUGUAGUAGUGCAAGUCAAUUACUUAGCAGAGAAUUUUGUAUGUAUCAGUGCAUGCAUCAGUAAUCAGGAAUCUGUGCAGACUGCUUUUGUACUGAAAAUACCAACUUUCCAUAGCAAAGCUUAUUAAUAAAAACUUCUAAAUUUUAAGCCAGAGGCCUGGACAAAAGUAUCAGUGCCUCUUCAUUGGGAAGUGGCUUUAGGUAGAUUCAUCUAAAGCAAAGCUUACCAUCUACACAUAUUAGUUGAGAAGAAGGGAGAUGAAAGGCCCAAUAUGAGUUAGGAUAAUAAGAUUACUAAAAUAAACACUUUCACUCUUCAGUGCUAGUCAUUCAGAAGAAAAAAAAAAUUUAAAAAUUUCCUCUAAUUUGUGGCAUCUGGAGUAUUUUUGCCCGUUUAAAACAGAGAACACAUCUUAUGCCAGAUGUGUGUCAAUGCAAAAAACAAUAUUUAUGCUCUUGCAAAUAUGAAUCAGAGAAAAAUCAAGCCAAUGAACUGUAUAAAGAGUGAGAUGCUGUCAGAAAAGUUUCUUUGGCAUUUACAUUUCUGUUUGAUAUUUACACUUCAAAUACAAGUUUAUUUGUCAGAGGAUACCACCUACUAAAUUUAGUCAGGUCAUAACUUCAGCAUAAUCUGAUUAAAAUCUCUCCAGACUUUUUUUUAAAAAAAAAAAAAUAAAAUAUUAAAACGAAGAAAAGCAAUAAUAAAAACACCUGAAUUGAUUUCAUAGCUUAUACCCUCAUUCAUAUAACCAUUUUCUCAUUAUUUUUAAUAACCUAGAGAGGCAUUAGUGUAUAAUGUAUCUGAAAAGCCAUUAAGAAAAGAAGUGUUGAGGCUGCAGGAUUGGUCAUAAGACCAAAUGUAAGUGUGGCAGGUAAAUGGUAGUAAAUAACUUUCUUAUAAGCCAUAUGCUAUGAAUUGUUUCAGAUCGCAAUAAAACCAUCCCCACCAGUUCUACUGCCCUGUAAAAUGCUAUCAGAUCUCUUUAAAAUGUUAGCAUUCAAACUUAAAUGUAGAUACAGUGAACAAAGGGAGCAGAUUCCCCUGAUGACAGAAACUGGCUUUGCUUUCAGUGAAGCUAUGACCAUUUUUUCAGCUGAUGACCUAGCUAUAUUUUCACUUUUCAAAUAAUAACUUUCAUAUAAAUCAUAAGGCAAAAUUCAGCAGUGCUUUUUAAAAUUAUGUCUCACUACUUUUAUUAGGUGACCAAAUAAUUGCCAAAGAAGAUAGGCUAUCAGAUAAGGUCUGCAGAGUAGGAUAGAUGUUUCUUUUUGGUUUUUUUUAAUCUUUCUCCUAUGUGGGAAGUAGUAGUAUCUAUCCCUGCAUUUUGUCAAUUGUCAUCUUAGUUAUUUUGAAAAAGUAAGUAGAAGACGGUCCAAACAAAACCAUCCAUUACAUUUAAAGUUCACUGCUUGAUUUAGUGAAUAUAGAAGUCUCAGUUUUGAACAAAUUCUUGUGCAUUGUAACACCAGAAGAUGAGCCCAAGUUGGGCUUUCUGCUGUUAACAAAUGAGUAAACUGGCUAAAUUAAAAACAACAAAACAACAGUAACAACAACUAGUGGCCAUUUUUUGGAUGCUGAUAACUAGAAUAUUGUAUAGCAAAAAUUUAGUAAGUUUAUUUUACAAUAUAAACAGUCCAAAUGUCCAAGGUAAAAUAUUUUAUAACUAAGUUUUAUUUUAACAUGUCUUAAAUUUCUAAAAUAUAUUUCAAAAAGAGGAAGAAGAAUUAUUUUUCACCCAGUUCCAGGGUAAGAAUAAAAUUCUGGCCUUAGAUUAGCAUCUGUGGCUUUUGUCGACUAGUCAGAAUCCUUACAGUAUUUCAAGUCUAUCUUUCCUCAUUAGAAUUGUAUUUGCUUUUGGCUGUAUUUCUCUGUGCAUUUUCAUUAGUUACAUAUCCCAACUCCUUGUAGUUACUACACAUCUUAUUUGAAAUCUGAAGUCUCUGUACGUGUUUGGAGUGAGCCUCAACAGCAGUGAUAACUAAAAAUUACAUUGUCUUGUGAUGCACUAUAGUCUUCAACUUCUGUCCAACCCUGUAUGUAACACUGAAGAACAUACAGACUGUACUAUAUGAUCACUGUGGAGGAAAUGGGUCAUAGGACAAUAAGAUUCAACUUUUGAGGGCUCUGGUUAAACAUAACACUAAAAAAAAACACUAACACUAAAAUCUCAUCACUUUAGAAAUCAUGCUGUUUGCAGUGCUGGUUCUUGUCCUAAAUUUUGGCCACAUCAUAAGUAUAUAAUUAGGUCUGAAUUUAGCAAAGUGGGCAGCCUGAGAUCCUGUUUGGAACAUAGUAAUAGCAGGGAUGAGUAAAGACGAAGACUUUACCUUGCUUGGUCUGGGAUUAGAGUGAAAGAUCUGAAGUAGGAAAAUGAAAAAGGAGAACAGUAUGUAGAAGAAAGGUGAAAAAGUAAGCAGAAGAGAAGAAUAAUGCAAAAGUCCACAAAUAUUUCCAACAUACUAAACAAAACCUAAAGCUAGAAUCUUCCUAGCUGGUGAGCCAGAUGGCUCAACAUACUUGAAACUGCGUGUGAGCCAGCAUAACAGCUGUUCGCACAAUCAAGUGGUUUGGUCUUGAAUGCAGUGAAGAUCUAUCCCAUGAAGACAAAGGGAGUGAAUGCAAUUUCAAUCUAUGAGUACUUGGUUACAUACUUAUAAUCCACAGCUUGGAAUGGAAAAAAAAAAAAAAUGAUCUGGACACAAAUGUUACUUAGGUUAUACACAGAAAUGUUUUGUCUCAUCUUUAGUGAAUUUGUCUUUUUUGCAGCUUCCAACGUGAUCUCAGGUAAUAAAUAUUGGACAGUAUGAAUUUUGCUUCCUUUCUAAUCCCAUUCAUUUAUAUCUCACACAAAGAGUCACAUAGUGGUCUCUGUAGAAUCCUGAUAAACCUAUAAUUAAGAGGUCAUUAGCAUAUACUUUCAAAAGAGAAUAGAAUACCAUAAUGGUCAUUGUUUCAAAAUGUGAAAACGGCCAGCAAAACAGACCACAUGCGUUGAUUUGUGCUGAAUACAUUUUAUUUAUGUUAUUUUACUCAUGACAAGUUGUUUGACAGAAAAGCUUGACUUAGCAGACUCCUUUUUCUUGAAAGCAUAUUAUUCAUUAUGUUUGUACGUUUUAACCAGGCUGGCUAUAGUCAUGUCAUUUAGAAGCAAGAACCACAAUAUGUUGCAUUGAUUGCUGAGUACAGACUCCUAAGAAUGGAACUAGGAGUACGUUCUUACUGUCUUUUUCCUUCCUGCUUGAAUUUUGCUGGUGACCUUCCAAAGGUGUGUACUACAAUUCUAGCCAGAGUUAAUGCAUUAGACCUCCUUCCUGAUGGGUACACUGGUCUGCUAUCAUCUUAGAAAAGUACGGCAUCCUAUGACUGCGAAGUCAGUUUUUGCUCUUUCUUCUCAUAUCAUUCUAUUCCUUUCAUCCCAAAUUAUCUUUCUUACUAGAGCACCAACUUUAAAGAAUUAAAACCCACUGCUUGCGCUCUCACUUGCUUCUGACUUUGUGGUAACAUUCAGUAACAUGGUUUGACACGCAGUUUUGGAACCUUAAACCAAAAUGGAAAACAAAGUCUUUCAGACAAUCUCACUUUUUUGAAGAAAAAAGACUACGCAUUUCUCUAUGUAUCUAUCUGAGGCCUACACUUAUGGUUACUUAUUGCAGGCCAGCAUCUCAAGAGAUGAUUCAACCCAGCAUCAAAUUGAAAAAACAGUCAGCCAGGCUCACUUUGCCUUUUUUUCUUGUUUCUGAUGUGCUAAGUCACUGCACUAAAGCAUGAAUGUUCCUGAAGAUCUGUGUAAUAAUCUCAUGGUACCAGAGUACUUUCAAAUACUGAAGUAUCCUUCCUUUGCAGGAAGGAGCAGGAUAUUCACCAUGGCAACAACAGUAAGGAAUGCAGGUAACAGUAAUCGAUUCUUAAAAAUUUAGCAUUUGGUUAAGCAUUAGAAGAAAUCAUUUGAGGUUGAUUUCAGUAUACAGGCUAAUUGCAGACUGAGUGAGAGUAAGUGGAGGCAAAAGAGACCCGCAGGCAGCUUUACCAGUAGGUGUUUUCAGUUUAAUUCAAGUCCUGAGCAGAGUUUCAGAUAUACUGACUGUGCUAAUUCCACGUCACCACUUGAUCCCUUUCUUACCUCCAAACUGUAUGCAAAAGCCUGCUUUUUCAUGCUGUGUUUUCUGAACUAGGAGCAACGAAGAGUAUUAAUUCAGGCAAGUACUCUAUAUUUUACAACGAGGUUAAUGAACAAGAAGGCAGGAAAUGCAGAGGAAAAACAGUCUUUCAAACUUAUUUGAUUCUGGAGUAUGAUUACUGAACAUAUGUUUUCUUUCAAGACUCAGGAGGAAAUGGAGCAUUUCUGUUUUCACUUCUUGUGUCUUUAACCCCCUGAGUGCAAGGAUUCAUUUUUAAUCUUCUGAUUGAAUUUUCAAUUCCAUUUCCAGUUUACCAAGUAGGAGACAUGGCUUGUAGUAGCAUGGUAAUGUCUUGUUUAGGUAAAAAGGUAUGACUGGAUAUAAACUUCUCUCUCUGACUAAUGAAGGUCUUUUUAAAACUUAAUGAUGGGAAAGAAAGCUCAAGUCCAGCACACAUGGACUGUCUAUAUGGGGAACUGAGGGCUAUGCUAUAUUUCUAAGAACUGGAAUCAGAAGUAGUGCCUCAAGAGUAGGCGUAGACUCCAUCACUGCAGAAAAAGAAAAAAUCAAAGCAUAACAUUUCCUCCAAGUGGAGCUUAGGCUAAGUGCACAAAUAAGAAGAUUCUUCUGUAUUUCCACCCACUGCACUGCAAGAACAGCUGGAGGUAAGCAAGGUCCAUUUUGAGAGCACACGCUUCUUUCUGUUAGUUCAUCCUCCAGUUAUCUGUGAAUUUUGUUUAAGUCUGGUUUACACGUUUAAAGCUGAUACUUCAGAAGAAGAUGGAGCAGAAAGAUAAUGGAAUGAAAUUAAAUGCCAAGGGAGAUUUAAAGUCUUGGGGUUCAAUUAUUUUUAUUUUUGGCAGAUGUUUUCUUUAAUGCCUACCCUGUAGCUUGUUGUUCUAAAUUAUUACACCACCAGAGGUGGACACAUACACAGACGCACAUUCAUCUGUGAGAGGAUACAUGCAUACACAUACACGCAACACAGGCUGAUGUAGGAUCUAAGUGUUACUUUCUGCAUUAUGCAUUAUUCUUGGAGCACAAAUACUGUUCUGUUCAUUUCCUUGUGCAAAACCCUUUACCUAUCCAUGCACAGCAUUCAUCGUAGAUGUCAAGAUUCAUCUCAGUUGGGCCUUAGCUUUCUGCCACUGGAGGAGAAAUGGUCUGAAAAGUAAGAUCUGACUUAGCUGUAGCCUUCCACCAGCCACACUGUGCCAAACAGCGAGACAGUACACCGUACAGAGGCACUGGUCUUGUUCCAGUGACUAGGAGAAACUCUCGGAUAUUUAAGAGCUUUGAGUUUUGUCUUAUUCAAAUAAAAGUCUUAACAAACUUAAUGGGGAUCUUAACAUGUUAACUUCUGUGUAACAUAUGAGAAAAUGUCUGUGUCUUCCUGUAGAGUAUGCUUUUCAUUGUUCCUGCAUACAUGCCUGAUGUCGUUAUAGUAAUGUGGUUAUUCUAUUGUUUACUGUUGUUCUUAUCAGCAAUCUUUGACCAGCCUGGAACAGAGCCAUUGCCAGGGUGUCUUUCAUUUAAUGAUUAACAUCCCCAGAGAUCUACUACAAUAGUAUUGCAGUAUAAAUUAAUUCCAGCUACAACCUGAGUAAAUCCAGGCUGAAAACUGCAGCAUAUGCGCACACACACUGACACAGAGCAGUGAGAGUGGGGAGGGCUCUGUCAAAAGCUCAGUCAUACACUGCAUUACUCCUUCCCUGUUUUCAGAACUCUCACUUUGCCUUCUGCUUCUAUGCACAUGUUCUGUAGAACUAAAAUACCUUUAGAGGAAAAUGAAUAUUCCUUUCAGAGGACUUAAAAAUGUGUAGUUGCCGUAGGGAAGCUAGCUGCUUUAAUAGUAAGACAAAAACAGCACUGUUUCAAAAAGUGAACAUAUUAAAUACUUAAUUGUGUAUAUUGGCAUGUGGGAGUUUGUGUUGAUGUAAGAGAAAUUAGUUCAUCUGGCCCUUUUUAAUAAACAUGCAUAAAACUAUUCGUGUUUUAAAAGCCUAGCUUUUCCCUGUGAGUGCAAUGUUUCCCCAAAAAUAACAGUAUUUUUAAUAGCAUCCAAUGGUGCAUGUCUAAUGUGUCAAACAACUUAUUUCAGCCAUUUUUGCAAGAAUGUUAUAGUAAAAUUUCUCAUUAAAUCUUUCCAGUAAUGGAUAUAUUGCUGUCAAAUGCCUAAAAUUGUGACAUUUAAAUUACAUUCCUUACUUGGUCUCAAACAUAAGCGUCAUUUUACUUUGCAUCUUCUUUUGAGAGCACAGAUUUCUCUGCAGUACAAUAAUACUGCAAAAGUCGGGCAUUAAAGAAGAGCUCCUUCACACUGAUGUAAGGUGUUGGCACUGUGAGGUUACUGAUUUUCUUUAAAACUUGUCAGCAUCCCCUAAUGCUGAACAACAGAAGGGAAAAAUGUACUUUUUCUUUUUGUGAGCUACUUCUUUCUCCCAAUUUCUCCUACCAGCCUUUUACCCAAAUUGCCAACUGGGAAUACAGUUUUUCAAGCUAUCUCUAACGUACAAAAGUUCAGGUGUUCCAGUGUGCAUAUGUUGUCAAGAAAUUCAUAACCAUUUCUGACAAUCUCAAUUUCUUUACGUGAGAAAACAUGUAGAUAUUGUAUAUAAGGUAGUGGGGUAUUUUGAAGUUGAAUUCCCAUUUAUAUGUGUUUAAUUUCAGAUGUACUGAUUAACAACAAGAUCUUGGCAAUGGUCCUGGCCUCCCUGGUUUUCAGUUUCUUUUUUCUUUCCUUCUAUGUGUGAUCUUCUGUGAUGCAGGUUACAGUCAUCACUAUUGUAUAUAUGUGUUUGCAUGUGUGCGCAUUGAUAAACUCUGUUUUGGAGUUCCAAAUUUUUCCUUUUAAGUCCAGCUGGUACACUUGUGAACUCAUCUUUCCAGUAUACUCCUCUGUGUCAGAUCGCCAACUACCAAAAUGUUUGACCAAGUGUUUUUAUUAAGUACACUGAGGAAAGUUGUAUGUAUACUUGUGAAAGGGCAUGCUGUGUAGCAUGACUGUGUACAGUAUAAAUCUAUAAAACGUGGAAGUGUUUAUAAAUCUAUUUGCCAAAUAUUUAUCAUCCAUGUAACAAAUGCAAAGUUAUUUAGUGUACAUCAGAUUAAUAAAGGGGCAUUUUUUGCUCUACUAUAUUCAAAUAAAGAUUUGUUCUCUGCAGUGAAUGCACAUCA